AUGGCACCGGCCCCGAGACGUGUGAUGCGUCUCCUGCUUCUUCUUCUGCCGCCUGCAGCGCGCAGUCUUAUGCGACCAGAGACUGAAGCCUUGUUACAGCUUUCAGGCCAAGGACGACAGACGCAGGAACCUGUGGCCCAACCCUGCACCUCAUAUGGUCCAGGCCUCCAUCUUGUGCAGCUGCCACUGCUACAGCGCCAGUUCCUGCUAUCAGUCCCCGAAGACUUUGCUCCAGGCAGCGUCCCGCUUGUGUUUGUCUUCCAUGGCUUCUCAGAUUCACCCUGGUACUCGAAUCGCAUGCUGGGCUUCUCAAAGAAGAUGACCAGAUACGGCUGGCUGGGCAUUUUGCCGUUUGGCUUAGAUGAGCCCGAAAGAAACGGUCUGGGCGGCGUAGAAGCCUGCUGCCCUGCAGGCUGUACAGGAGAGUGCUGCACGGAAGGAAGGCGCUUGUCCAACAGAGACGAUGGCACAUCUUGUGGAUGGAGGUACAUGGACAGGAAUAUUCCAAUGGUGAAGGAGCUGCUGCAUUGGGCGCAGCUGAACACCUGUGCUGACAUGACCAAGGUAUUCGCCACAGGCUGGAGCCAGGGAGGGAUGUUUACCAACUACCUGGCGUGUCAUGCCUCGGAACUCUUCCGCGGCUUCGCGCCCCUCUCGGGCGAUACCCCUCCCUACCGCGACGACGUCUACAACAGCCCCUGCGAGCCGAAGCGUCCCAUCUCCUACGUCAGCAUGUGCGGCACUGAAGAUGAUGAGGCAAAAUGCCAGAAUACCGUGGUAAGCACUGCGGAAAGCUGGAGCUACCGAAGCAGGUGCAAAAAUGCUGGCUUGGCUGGCGCAACGCGGUUCAACUUCUCAGCAACCACCUCCUGCUUCAUGUGGGAGGCCUGUGAGGCGCAGAACUUUGUGGAGGUGUGCUAUUCCCAGGGCCUUGGGCAUGAUCCCAGCGGCUAUCUGCGGCCCGAUGACACCAGCUACAUUCGCCCUGGAAGCGAUCUUGACAUCGCGAGCUACGUGUUCCAGAAGUUCUCCUUGCUGGUGGGUGGAAGUAUCCUCUUCAUGGGUCACCCUACGAAAGAAGAGUUGGCUUACAAGGAGUCGGCUUGGCCUCCUCCACAGCACCAUGACCACAUCUAUAUCCGAAAUGGCUCCCUGAACGCCGCGUAG